AUGUCUUCAGAGACGGCGAAACCUCGCCAGAUCGGGGCAAUGUUUCGUGGCCCUGGCCCGGCUAGAUAUCUGCUGCCUGGAAGCACGGGUUUCAAGCUUCAUGAUCCAACAAAGAACAAGGCCCCUGCGUACAGUUUGGGUAUAAAGUCGUCGAAAUUGGACCAAGGACCGGCCAGCCCUGGUCCAGCUUACUUGGUCCCACCGAAUAUCACCAGGACGGGAAUGGAAGGGACGCCACGCUACUCUUUGGCAGCCCGUACGCGAUCGACUGGCGCCUUUCAGACACCAGCUCCAGGUAACUAAGAAAGAUCAAGCCUUAAAUACUUUUUAUUUAUAGAAAUUUUAGAUCGAUUUGAUUUUACUACAUUUUUUAAGAAAUCGAUUUGUUGCAAUUACUAUAUGACUUGUUACAAUUAUUCCAGUGACACGUUAAUAUAGAACAUGGCACGAAAACGCGCGAAUCUCCGCAAUUUUUCCGCGAAAUAUUGUGCGCCUAAGAAGUUGCUAUUCUUCUCAAUAAAACACUCAUUUUUAUAAUGUAGUUUCUCCCAAAUUAUGACUGUUUUUUGUUUCAAAAUAGGCAAAUUCCCCUAGCAUUUGUUUACUUCCAGCUAAAAUUUGGUUGUCAAGGUGUCUAGAUUUCAUAUUGACUUUUGCUGUAAAGCCGUGAUUGUCAACUGAAAUUGGUUGUCAUGGACAUCGGCAUUUAUUUGAUCGUAAGAUUUUUGAAACCUAAAACGUUUUUAAAAUCAGGUCCAUUUUACUACGAGUUCCCUGUUGAGAGGCAUUUUUAAUAAACGUGAUGUCUUAUGUUUGAAAUUUAAAUUUACUCUCGAAUAAAAAUAAUCUUAGGGGUAGUCAUUCGAAAGCCGAUUAUAGCAUUACCCAUUCUUUAGUUUAAUCCUGCCCGUUAAAGGAAAAAUAUGCAAGCGAUCGCGAAUCUGAUAGCAGAAUUAAACUUAUUAGAAUCACUCGUUGUCUAUUUGCCUUCAAAAUCAAAUUGAAAAAAAAACUCUAUUUGUAACAAAUAGCUGUAUAUAUAGUCUAACUAUGGUAUAGUAAAUAAUCACUCUCUAAAUAAUCACUCUCCUAUAUAAAAACAUUUUUAAGUAUAUUUUUUGGAAUAUACAGGUAUUAGUUAUUUUGUACUUUUGUCGUUUUAAUAUUAUUUUUCUUCUUCUAAACAUUUGACUGUAAAUAAUUUAAUUAAUUAAUCAAUUCUUUAUCAACUAGGGGUUAAGAUUCAAAAGCCUGUCCAGGUUUCUAGUAGACCUCUAAGCCUUACAUUGCUACAGAAUUACUAUUCUUGUAAAUACUACUGCCUACUGGGCGAAAAUCAAUUAAAUAAAAAAUGAGAAUCACUUAGUCCAAUAAAACGAUCUUGAACAACUGUGUUUGAACACAGAUUUUUUAAGAGAAUUUUACUGUCUACUGACCUGCCCCCUGAGAAAAUUUAACUUACUAAUUUUAUAAUAGUAUUAUUAAACCAAAUGGCACAUAUAAUCUUGUGAAUCAGAAUGUAUGAUUCUGUAUGGGCCAGCCAUAAGUUUAACAACUUUAAUUUGGCAUUUUUACAAAAGAAAUAUAACAAUAAAAAACAUACCAAAUAAGGCAUGGCACGAACGGGACAAGUCCCAUGCAAGGAGCCAGCCAUAAAGCAUGCAUCCGACUAAUAUGACUUUGAAUGCAUUGACCAAUUUGGCUACUUAUUUCAGCAUAUAUAGGUAUUACUGCUCCCUGGCAAAAUAAUCCUGCAUAUAGCCAAGCACAAGAGCAUAGAAAAUGUUUUUAUUGAUAUAUCUCAGAUUCAUCUUUCGAUGCAAACAAUAUUAAACUCAUCCAAAAUAUUUCAGGUACGUACUCGCCAGAGAAGCAGAAGUACCCCUACCAUAAAUAUCCUCCGCAGUACUCGUUUGGUUCAAGAACCAAAACUGGUAAAAAAGACAGGACACCCGGACCAAACAUGUAUAACCUACCCGGGAUACUUGGGCCAAAAGCUGUCGGAAAGAAAUCAGCGCCAUCUUAUAGUUUGGUUGGAAGAAGCAAAAUUGGAGGAUUUCAUGAAGAUCUGCAAAGG